AUGGCUGGUGGUAAAGGAAAAGCUGGAAAGGAUUCUGGAAAGUCAUCCAAAGGCAAAGUGAUUUCACGUAGCGCUCGUUCAGGAUUGCAGUUUCCUGUUGGUCGAAUUCAUCGAUUUCUUAAGCAGAGGACUACUUCACAUGGUCGUGUUGGAGCAACAGCAGCGGUUUACAGUGCGGCAAUCUUGGAAUAUUUGACAGCUGAAGUCCUCGAAUUGGCUGGGAAUGCCUCUAAGGAUUUGAAGGUGAAAAGGAUCACUCCAAGACAUCUUCAUCUUGCAAUUCGCGGAGAUGAGGAACUGGAUACGCUAAUUAAGGCGACGAUUGCUGGUGGAGGUGUUAUACCACAUAUUCAUCGUUAUUUAAUGAGCAAGAAAGGUCAACCUGCACCAACUCAAAAACCGCAAAAUCCUUGA